GUAGGCUGAUGGAUUUGAUGGCUGAUGAAAGUUGCGAUUCGGUACUUUAAAAACAUACCUCAAAUUCGCAUCGUAUGCGGCGGAAUUGUUUGUUCUCAUGGUCAAAAAUGUAAUUACCUAAUUAAUCAGGUGUUAUACUCAGUUUCAGUCAUUUACAGCAUCCUGUGAGAUUUAUAAUGAUAUAAGUGUCGGAGCAGCACUAACAAGGAAAUGUCUGCAUCUCUCUGCUGUUUGCUGUCUAUCGGGCUCCUCGUGAUUGUUUCUGCAGACCAGAAAUCCGUCACAGCUGAGUCUGGACAGAACGUCACUCUGAUAUGUCGAGCUCCAAACAACAAAAAGAUCAUAACUGUAGAGUGGCAAAGACCUGAUCUACAUCCAAAAUAUGUCCUUUUAUUUCGGAAUAGACACAUUGAUCCAGAAAACCAGCAUCCAUCUUUUGUGAACCGGGUGGAUCUGCAGGACAAACAGAUGAAGGACGGAGACGUGUCUUUGAUUCUGAAGAAUGUGACGAGUGUUGACACUGGAACAUACGAGUGUCGUGUCUUCCUGGAAGAAACACGCUCCUUGCAGUCGAUAACAAACAUCAACCUUCAUGUUGUUGUUCCUCCAGGUCAGACAGGAGGAGCUGUUGGACUGAAAGUCGACCUAGCAGUUUUAGGUCUGCUUUUUGGUGUUGCUUUUGAAUUUUAGAGAAUGACAGAGACAGGUUUGAGACCUCUCAGAACUUUUUCCACUUGAACUUUGCUCAUGAAUUGAUGAUGAACACCAAACACGCCCAGAGUUUGGUUUGAUUUUACAUUUCUUUCAUUAUUAUCAAACCUGUUCAGACUGUGUUAAUGUGUCUCCGUGCUGCAGAGUCUCUAUCAGAGACUCUGUGAACUACAGUGUUUCUUCAUCUACACUGUUUUCAUGGACUUUCUUUACAAUAAGAAAAAAAAUGUUUGUAAUAGCUUCAUGAAUUCUGUGUAUUGAAUGAUACAGUAUUAGGAAAAUGACUUUGUAUUAGCUUGUAGGGCAUCGGUUCAUGAGCGUCUGCACUGUUGUUGUCUUAAUAAUGUUCUUUAUACAACCCGAAUUCCAAAAAACUUGAGACAUUUAAUAAUUUUGAACAACAUGAAAACUAAAAAAAACUUUCAAUACAGCCAAUAUUUUAUUCGCAACAGAACAUGAAUAAGAUAACAAACGUUUAACAUGAGAGAUUUUUUAAGAUUUAAUGCACAAAAUGAGCUCAUUUCUAACUU